CAAUUCGGCAGCUGGCUCUCAUGGAUCCGUCCGAUAUUAAACACGGUUGUCAAGCCAAAGUCAAAGACCCUCAGAUCAUUAAGUACCACGGCGACGGCACCGUUGGAAAACCUCCAUCAUGCGCCAAAAGGUUAUUCAAAGGUAUUUGAGGAAGCAGUUGGAGUGGAAGGGAUCCAGAGCUGAGAGAAGGGCGAUGAGGGAGAUGAAGGAGGAGGAGGAGGAGGAGCAGGAGGAGCAGGGGGAUGAAUAUCAGGCGGUGGAGGGAGAGGAAAAAGCAAUUACGGAUGAAGAAGUCCGUCUUCACGAGUACGAACAUGCAAAAAAGUCGUUCAUGGAUAAGUACGGUGACUUUGAGCGCAGGGGAUCGGCGUCUACGUACCGUCACGAUGACCGUGCCUACACCCGUCAGCCCUCGGAGUACUCACACAGCCUCCGUCAUUACAGUCGCCAGCCCACCGAGUACCCGAGCAGUGUCCGUGAGAGCUCUUGGUACCGUGGUAUGAGCACCAGCGUUGACAACCGCCACGACAGCUACGCGGGCAGCGGAUACAACGAGGUUCCACACGGUUACCGUGGUAGGAGUCGUGAGCUCGAGUCUUAUUACGCUGGUCCUGUUCGUGGAUACCAUGACCAUGGGCAUUGGUAUCGCGCUAGUAGUCGCGGGUAUGGUUACGAUGGUUAUACCCCGUAUUGAUUGACGUACUUCUUGACGAUUUUUGAUGAUUCGCCUUCGUUGGAUACAGGGAUAUGGGUUGGAGAUACUUGGGUAUGCUUUGGAGGGAGUGCAUUUGCAGGUGAAUUGAAGAUACAGAUCGUUUUCGCUCGAA